AUGGGUAGCGGGUAUCUGAAGCGGAAGCGAAAGCGCCAGGAGUUACUGAAUGACUUCUACUCUGCACUGUGGUCGUCGUCCCCCGGCAUCGCCGGGGACCAAUUCAGCAAAUUGGUGAAGCGCACUGUUUACCACUACCCCUCGUCCCUCCCCUUUCCAGAUCUGCUCGACGACGACUUCCCUGCCGAGCCGUACCGAUCCCGCAACAAGGACAUUAAGAGUGCCAUCCACUGGGGACAGCGUAAGCUGCUUCUCUCCGAGAUUCAGCUCCUCUGCAUGUAUUGUCGACCAGGGGUCUCGUACCACAUUGUGUAUGCUGGAGCGGCACCUGGGACUCAUUUGGCGUUCCUGGACGAGAUGUUUGCGUGUAGGCACACGUGGGAGCUGAUCGACCCCGGCCAGUUUGACCGUGCGGUGCUGGAGCCGCGCGCGAACUUCUGGUUGCGCAACGAAUUUUUCACCAACGCAACGGCCUACAGCAUCAACGCGCGUCGUCUUACUGAAGUCCUUCCAGCACUUGGUUUUGUGUACCAGCACGUUGCCGUCGAGAGUGUGCAGGCUGAAAAGAAGGCGAUCCACGAGCAGCUUCAGGGCAUUGUCGGGACGCUGGACGUGGCCCGCGGCACCGAGGAUAUUCCUGCUAUGUACGAAGCGCCGCUAUCGCUCCCUAAAGGCCUGGUGCUGCUGGUGCAGGUUGCACUGGAGCGCAACAAGCCACUGCUCUUCAUCUCGGACAUCCGCUCCGGCAGUGUGGCGCUGCCGAACUUUGAGGACCACGUGGCGGAGAACAUGCGCGCACAGGAGUGCUGGACAAACAUCUUGCACGGCGAACACAGCAUGCUUAAGUUUCGCCUGCCGUACACCAGCAAGUCGACUAAGUAUGGUGGCCAGGGUGUCGUGCGUGAAACGCGCCUGAUUCGCGAGGACGGCACUGUCCCCUACCUACGCGGUGACCUGCUGCUUCCUAUCUGGACACGACCAACGAGCACGGAGGGUCGGCUUGUGGUGCCACAAGGCGCCUUCCAGAAGGACUACAACGUAACCCACGUGGAAGACCAGUUCUUCUUCUUCAACUCUAGGGUUCGGGAGCAGGUACACUUCAAUCACCUGGUCGUGCACGACGACAAGCUCGAUCAUCACUACGACGCCGCGGCUGAGGUGCACUGUCUCCUUACCUACUUGCGCUUUAUGUGCCCAGAGCUGAAGGCUGCUAAAACGGGAGAUUUGCGCAAAGAGGUUCUGCGCGUGGCGCACUCCAUCACAGAGCACCUUGGCAUCACUUUUGAAGAUGCUGCUCGUCGUCGUGACGCACUCAUGAUCAACCAAGCCAAGAGGAAUGAGAGCAAAGCUGUGGUGGACCACAAAGACGACGCGGACGGCGACGAGGAAGCAGAGGAUCAGGAGGCGAAGAGUGCGGUAUUUAAUACGUGCGCAGGCUCCCGCGAGAGCGCCUCGGUGGCUGACACAACAGCGCCGGAACCGCGGUCGGAGUGGGAACUCACGAUGCAGCGUUUGGUACGUCUUUCCACCUAUGACCGAAAUCGACCCGUGUGGACCCGGAACGUGAGAGAGGAGGAGCACAGCAAGGCUAGCGGUUUUUGGGUGACUACAAAGAUGCCACAGUCAUAA